AUGGAGGCACGACGUGAUGCGGCGCUGAAAGAGCUGAGAUCUCGAAAAUUUUCCGCCGGCUUCGUGGUGCGCCUUGUGAUUCUGAUGCUUCUUUGGUGCUGGCUUACCUACAUCAUCAUCCAGGUCAGGCAGGUCUUGGCGACGAGUGCGUUGUAUCAGAACUUCGAUCCUUAUGAGAUCCUGGAUGUUGGCAUGACCAGCUCCACUUCUCAGGUCAAGAAGGCCUUCCACAAGCUCUCCCUCAAGUACCAUCCUGACAAGAAUAAGGAGGAGGGUGCGGCCGAGAAGUUCAUGCUCAUCAAGAAGGCAUACGACGCGCUCACGGACCCCGUGGCCAAGCAUAACUACCGAACCUACGGCAAUCCGGAUGGACCUACUCGCGUCCAGCUUGAUGUAGCGCUCCCGACGAUUAGCAAGGAGAAGCAGGGAUUGGUGCUAGUGCUUUUCCUCCUCCUGUUUGUCAUCGGCGUGCCGUUAUUGAUGCUGUACUGCAUGGGCUCUUCGUCUGUCGACAACAACGGGCUUCCCCGUGAAACGAACAAGGUCUUGGCGGAAGGGUUCUCUCCGUCACUGGACGCACGAGACCUGCAGGAGCUAAUUCUGAGAGCCUAUGCGGCAGCAGAGAAGCCCAAGAAGGAGGAACAGGAGCCGUUGGACCAGCUCCGGCGAGAGUUGCAGGCAGCCGGUGCCAGCUUCUCAAAAGGCAAGCGAGCUGAGAACGGUGAGGCAGAGAGCGCAAUGGCUCUGCAGCGAGCAGAGACAUGCUUUUGGGGGCACAUCCUGCGGAGAACUGAUCUUCUCGAGCGCUCCAGCGAGUUGGACAGCGCACUCAAGCAGUGGCAGGUCACUUGCAGAUUUCUCCUUCAAGAAGCUGCCUCGCACGGGCAGGCAGACAGCGUCAGCAGCUGCCUGGAUUUCUACAGGGGCCUCGUGCAGGCCGUGGAGCCUGCAGCUUCCAGCAAGCCAGGAUCCGUGCUGUCGCAGAUCCCACACUUCACGGGUGAGCAGGUGAAGUGGUGGCAAAAGCGGCAGAAGAAGUACUCCACACUGACCGGCUUCCUGGAGAUGCCUCCAGAGGAGCGCAGUGCGGCUUUGGGUGCUUCUGAGCUGGGCCUGAGCCCCUCGGAGCUUGCGGACAUCGAGGAGUUCGUGGCUGUGGCGCCGAGGAUGCAAAUCCAGGACGCUCACGUCUUCGUGCACGGCGAAGAUGAGAUUUGUGCCGGCGACAUUGCUACCCUGGAGAUAAAGCUGCUGCGGGCCAACCUCCGAGAAGGAGAGGCGAUUGGUGCUGCACAUGCUCCGCACUUCCCCGGCAAGGUUCCGGAGGCCUGGUGGCUGACCUUCCGGCUUCCCGGGAAGGGCAAGAGCGGGUCGAGUGUGUGCAGGCGAAUCGCUGACCCGUCUCGCGAGGUCACGGCCAGCGUCCGUUUUCGGGUCCCUUUGGCUGGCAAAUGCAGGCUGAGGCUGUCACUGGUCUGUGAAGCAUAUGCUGGCUUUGAACUGGAGAAGGAGGUUAACUACGUCGCGAAGCAGGCGCAGGAGCCUGUGCGAGACGAUGAUUGCAGCGAGGUCGACAGCGAGGACAUGGAUUUCGAGGACUGA